UAAGGGAUAGAGGGUGGUAUUCUAACACCAUUGGUAAAUGAUGGUCAGGGGAGAUUGCUAGUAACAUCCAAACAAGUGAAAGGACAGUUGGAAACAAUACUUUGAGAGUCUCUUAAACAGGCAAACCCCUUUUAGGGCAGAGUUACCAACAUAUGAUCUUAAUGUGAUGCCUGAUCCUGAUCUAACAGAGGAGGAGGUGAGAAGUGUGGUCCAGGAAAUGAAGGCAAAGGGACCUGAUGAAGUGAUGGCAGACCUAGUGAAAGUCUUGCAUGAGUGAGGCACAAAAUGGAUGAGCAGAGUGAUCAAACCGGCACAAGAGAAUUCCCGAAGACUGGUACAAUCUAUCCCGCUCCCAGUACAUAAGAAGGGAAGCAUCUAAGAACGUGGAAACUUAUUGAGCUAUUAGCACAUGGGAGGAAGAUUGGAGGUUUACGCCGGGGAAGACAGAAUGCGCCCUCUUCCCCGCAGAGUUCAGCCACACAUACAUAGUGUCAUUGACAAAGAGAUGCCACCCGCAGAGGGACUGCAGUGCUCUGCCCGGAUCACACCUCUCAACCUGCCAGGUCCCCCGGGGAUGCAGCGUGUGACAAAGACCAUGAAUGAGGGUGCAGUGACUGCAUUUCGGAGGUAGAUAACUUUCAGCCACAAAAGUGACCGGGACACCAGCUCUGUGUAGCCACACAGAAUCCAGGGAUUAAAAUGAGGGGUUUUGUCUCAGUCCAAAUUGCAAAGGAGAGGCAGAGUCCAGACUGCCAGCAUCAAAUGGCACACGCACUGAUGGGCUGUGCCAUCCCCAUGGGGUGGCUACCACCUUGGAUCAGAGCAAUGCAUGCUGGGGCCCGCCAUCUCCCCAGAGCUGGGGUGCAGCGGUGCAUGCUGGGGCCCGCCAUCUCCCCAGGGCUGGGGUGCAGCCGUGCAUGCUGGGGCCCGCCAUCUCCCCAGGGCUGGGGUGCAGCCGUGCAUGCUGGGGCCUGCUGGCUGCCCCUUCUGCAUGGCAGUGGGGGCUGCUACGACCUUCCCCCCCACGCCGGGGACCCAGCCCAGAGCCCCCGCUCGCCCCAGCAGGGGCAGCCCGCGCUGAGCCCACCUGCGCGCAGCCUCACCGGCCGCGGCCCCUUUAAGAAGGCUCCGGGCAAAGGCCGAUCCAGGCGGGACGGGCGUUGCAGCCAGCCACUUAGCGGCAGCCUUCCCCACCCAGGGGAGCCAAUGAGAGCUGCGGGCGGGCCUGGAGCAGGCCGGCGGAGCCAAUGAGAGCCGGGGGGCGGGGCUGGAGCAGCUGAUCCCAAAGGCCAGAUACCCUUGGAAAAGAGGAAUGAAGCCCCUCGCCGAAUGGGUGGCCUUCUGGAACUGUCCCCUUGACUGAAGACCAAGAGCCUGCCUGAGGGUACAGUCCAGCCUGUUCCUCCAGCUCUGGGGUAAUCUCCACUGCCAGGUGUUUGUCAGCCAGGCCUUUCUAAAACCCUGUUAGUUUGAUCCUCACCUCUCUGCAAUGGCUUCUGGAGGGGAGGGUCCAGCCGAUGGCUCCCCUGACUGGGCUGACACCAGCAUCGAUCUCAGCUCACCGGGCCUCGCCAAGGCCAGCGCCUCCAUGCUGGACAGUGGGGAGGACUUUGAAGUCCUAGAUGAGGAUGAUGACGAUGACCUGAGUGAACUCCCCCCUCUGGAGGACAUAGGGACGGGAAGGGCCCCACCAGCCAGAGAUGACACCCAGGUGCCUGGGUCAGAGCAGGCCCCGGAGGAGGUCUCCAACAUGCCCCAGGCAGCUGAGGAGUGGCUUGAUGUCUUGGGGAGUGGCUUACUCAAGAAGAAGACCCUGGUGCCAGGUCAAGGCGUGGAGAGCCGGCCGCGCAAAGGCCAGGAUGUCACUGUCCGACUCAAGGUGAUGCUGGAGGAUGGCAGUGUGGUGGAGGACAAUCCCAGCCUUUCCUUCACCCUGGGAGACUGCGACGUCAUGCAGGCCCUAGACCUGUGUGCACAGCUGCUGGAAAUGGGAGAAACUGCCUUGAUCAUGUCGGAUGCCAAGUACUGCUUCGGCCCGCAGGGCAGGAGCCCCGACAUCCCGCCCCACGCAGCCCUCACCCUGGAAGUGCAGCUGCUGGCCGUGCAGGACGCUCCUGACCUGGAGCUCCUCCAGGGGAGAGAGAAAAUCCAGCUGGCCAAUCGCAAGCGGGAGCGCGGGAACUUCUACUACCAGCAGACGGACUACGUGCUGGCCAUCAACUCGUAUGACAUCGCCCUGAAGACCAUCAACUCCAGCUCCAAAGUCCACUUCAGCCCAGAGGAGGAGGCUGAGCUGCUGGAGGUGAAGGUGAAAUGUCUCAACAACCUGGCAGCCUCUCAGCUCAAGCUGGACCAUUAUGAGGCUGCCCUGAGAUCCUGCACCCAGGUCCUGGAGCACCAGCCGGAGAACAUCAAGGCCCUCUUCCGCAAGGGGAAGGUGCUGGCGCAGCAAGGCGAGUACAGCGAGGCCAUACCUCUCCUCAAAGCCGCUUUGAAGCUGGAGCCGUCAAACAAGACUAUCCAUGCGGAGCUCUCCAAGUUGGUGAAGAAACACGCGGAGCAGAAGAACGUGGAGACCGCGAUGUACAGGAAGAUGCUGGGGAACCCCAGCACGAGCAGCACCCCUGCAACAUGCAAAGCCAAGUCGCCCCGGGCUAUUCCCUGGAAGUGGCUCUUUGGCGCAACAGCUGUCGCGCUUGGUGGUGUGGCCUUGUCUGUUGUCAUAGCCGCAAGGAACUAGUGUCAUCUGUGGAGAGGCCCAAGGAGCUGGGCCGCGCCCCAGUCUGCCCCACCAGCUGCCCUGGCACCUCCGGACCUGCACCAGCGUGGACUGUCUGAUUUCCUCCCACCAGAGAGGAGCCAGAGCUCUGUGCAUCGCUCCCCUCCCCGUUACCCACUGAUUGUCUAUCACAGAAACAACUUUCUCUGCCAGAGGGCCUGGCACCCCAGCGCGUGAGAUCAGCAGUUGCAGCAGCCCCUUUGCAGCAGGAUGGGGCGUGGCUGGAGGGCUGGCAGGCCAGGUGGAGAUGCCCAGAGUGGGCGAACCCUGUGUGUGGGACGAAGAGCCUGGCAUUUCCAUGCAUUGACCACUGGUCCCUCAUCCUCCUGCCCCGGCAGAACCUGUGCCCUGGUGCCAGCGGUGCACUAACUGUUCUGGUGCCAUCUGCCCCCUUCUGAUGGUCAGGCAGGAAGGGGCUCCCCUAAGAACCAAUCUAGGUUAAGGGAUGCAGCUGUUUCUGGAGGAGGGUAGAGCAGGCAGGGCUUGUGUGGCCAUGACUCUGGUUCUGCAGGGUCAGGGCCCAUGGCAGUGGCUGCUCUCCAUGCAGCUGUGGGGGAGGGCAUGCAAUCAGCACCCCAUCCCCUAGGUACUGGGAGCCCGUGGGUGCCAUUGUGAAAUGAGCUUGGCUUGCCACAGUACCACAACCUCAGCUGCCUGUUGCAGCAAAGCUAGCGAGGGCUGGCUUAGAACCCUCUGUUUUCCUGUUGUAAAAGCUUCUCAUGCCACUGCAGCCCCUAUGCUCUGUGCCAGGUUUCCCUGGGUGAUGGAGGUGGCGCCUUGGCCCUGUCCCUGGAUCCCUGGGCAGUGGGGCCGGCCAGCAGAGCACAGCCCCUCCAGCAGACGAUGUGGGGGCUCUCUAAGAGAGCGCCCUGCCCCUCAGCAUUCAUGCAUACACUUGCCAAGCACCAUGUGGCAGGAACGGUGCAGGGGCGAAAUGUCUGCGUGUCUCGUGUCCAUUUCAUCCCUCUGUCUCCUAGGGGUUUGAUCUCUGCAGUCCCCCUGGGGAGGGUAUUUCGCCAUGGCCUGUAGCUCUGUCCAGCCCAGUUCCUCUGCCUCCCUCCCCAUUGUGCAACAGGGCCCAUGUCUUGUGUGUGUCUACACUGUCCUACCAGCUGUGCGGCUAUGGAGUCAAAGUACUAUUCUCUCACUUCUCCCACCCCCCCAUCAACUGUGAAAAUCCCCAAUAAAAGGACAAGUCUCAAUUACA